CAUCACCAUCACCUACCAGGUAUGUAUUUAUCAUCACCAUCACCUACUAGGUAUGUAUUUAUCAUUAUCAUCACCUACCAGGUAUGUAUUUAUCAUCACCAUCACCUACUAGGUAUGUAUUUAUCAUUACCAUCACCCCUAGGUAUGUAUUUAUCAUCACCAUCACCUACUAGGUAUUUAUCAUCACCAUCACCUACCAGGUAUGUAUUUAUCAUCACCAUCACCUACCUGGUAUGUAUUUAUCAUCACCAUCACCUACUAGGUAUGUAUUUAUCAUCACCAUCACCUACCAGGUAUGUAUUUAUCAUUAUCAUCACCUACCAGGUAUGUAUUUAUCAUCACCAUCACCUACUAGGUAUGUAUUUAUCAUCACCAUCACCCACUAGGUAUGUAUUUAUCAUCACAAUCACCUACUUGGUAUGUAUUUAUCAUCACCAUCACCUACCAGGUAUGUAUUUAUCAUUAUCAUCACCUACUAGGUAUGUAUUUAUCAUCACCAUCACCCACUAG